AUGAAGGAGUUUCGGUUCAGCAGUGUAGGCAAAGGCGAUGCUGAUGAGAGCUCCUUCCUUAUCACUACUUUAGAAGCCGUAAUAGAACACAUACAAUCUGGAGCACUCACUGGAUCACCAGACCCUGAGUCCUAUUACUAUGAAAGCAACCUCACUGAAGAAAAUGUUAAUGGCAGACAAAGAAAGAACAGUUUAACCGAAUCUAUCUCCACAAGUGACACCAAUGGCAAAGAAGAAACUUUAGAAUAUAUCUUUGAACUUAUCAAAGCAAAUCACUGUGAACAAGUAAAAGCAAUUCUACAGAAAAAUCAAAAGCACCUCCAGAGUAUUAAUUUAAAUGAAAAUAAUGUUCUCAAAAUAGCUCUGGACAACAACCUGACUGAUGAUGAUGAUGACAGUGACACAGAAAUAUAUCACAAACUCUGUCAUCCCUUGUGUAACUGCAAGAAAUGUUGCUGCAAAAUAUCUAAGAACCUAUUAAAGACUUCCCCCACUGUGACUUCUAGAGACAGUCAUGGGCUUACAGCAUUGCAUGUAGCCUCCAUUCAUGGGAAAGCAAAUGUAGUAGAAUCUCUAAUUGAAAUGGGUGCCGAAGUUAAUGCAACUGACCUCAAUGAAUGCACUCCACUUCACUAUGCAUCAUCAAGAGGUCACCAGAAUGCCUUGCUGCUCCUCCUACACUCAGGAGCUAACAUAGAUAAAGCUAAUAUUGACCAAAAUACUCCAUUACACAUGGCUGUCAACAAUGGACACUUGAAUUGUGUCAAAGCACUUAUUUACUUUGCAGAGCACAGUAGAAGGAAAAUUAGGAUAAAUUGCGUAAAUGAGAGUGGGAACACGCCAUUACACAUGGCAUCUAAGUGGGGCUAUGAAGGAAUUGCAAGAUUAUUAAUAGAAAAUGGAGCAGAGCCAUCUUUGCAGAAUAAGUACAAUAAAACGGCCUUUGACUAUGCUCACAAUUUGAAGAUAAUGCAAGUUUUAAAAUCUUGUACUCCUAGUUUGUAUGAAUACAUACACAUUACUAGUACAGAUGUUAAAGCUUUGAACUGCAAAUCUGACAACCCCGUUGCUCCUAUCAAACUAAAAGUAGUUAACAAAGUGAGUGAUACUAACAAUGUGUCAAAGGCCGUGGAAAAAUUGAAAUUAAUUGAUAGGAUUUUGAAAGCUAUAUCCUAUGGAGAUGUGAAGCUGGCCUGCUUUUAUAUGAACAUCAACUACUCUGCUUAUGUUGACAUGAAAGAUAAGCCUGAUACUCCUGAGCAGACUACUCCAUGCCAUCCUCUAUGUGAGUGUGCAAUCUGCAAGAAAAACAAUGAAACAAACUCAUCAGACUUUGAUAUUAAUUUCACUGAUAUAAACGGUUUUACUGCCUUGCACUACGCAUCUAGAUAUGGUUUAGUAGAAUUAUGCAAGAUAUUGAUACAUAACAAAGCAGAUGUGAAUUGUUAUAACAAAAAGUAUCAAACUCCUUUACAUUUAGCUGCUUUGAAUAAUAAAAUCUAUGUAAUUCGUUUAUUAUUAGAUAGUGGCGCGAAUAUAAACGCGAUUGAUGUAGCAGGGAACACUCCAUUGCAUGAUGUCUGUGCUAUGGGUAAUAUAGGGGCUGCUAAAAUGUUACUGAGUUAUAACCCCGACUUGUCCUUGCAAAAUGGGUCGGAUAAAACUGCACUCACCUUAGCUAAAGAGAAAGUUCAUUUAACAAUAAUUGACUUGAUAGAUAAGUAUUCAAGUGGUUUGUAA